AUGGACACAGCACUCAUGGUACUGAGGAGUCUCACUAAAUGCACCACUGUUUUCCUUGUGGUAAUCUCAGGACCUGUGUAUCUGGGGUCUGUAUUUGUGAAGGAGGCUCUUCAGAGGGCGAUUGAGAUGACUGAUGCUGCUUACGCCCGCACAAGUGAGAGGGGGAAGAAGUCUCUGUCUGAAGGCGCUCUGAGACCCAGUGACCUGCUGGCUCAGUUCAAACAGACUGAAGCCGGAACCAGGACUCAAAUCCGAGCUGCAGAACUGCUGGACAACACAGUGGAGCUGAUCAGAGAGAUGGUUUACACUCACACUAUGGUGCAGCCCAACCCUCAUGAGCUGCUGAGUGAAGGAGAUGUGGAGAAUCUACUGCAAGUGACAGGCUGCUCUGCUGAGCUGCAGAGACCCAGCUGUCAGAGCGACUGUCUGUCUGAGCGCUACAGAUCCAUCACAGGAGAGUGCAACAACAGACAGCAGCCCAGAUGGGGCGCUGCAAACAUCCCGUAUUCCCGUUGGCUGCUUCCAGAGUAUGAGGAUGUGUGGGGGGCGCCCAGAGGCUGGGACCCAGAGCACACCUACAAUAACGUCAGCCUCCCUCCAGUGCGGCUGGUGUCUCAGGAGGUGCUGUUCACUCACAAUGACAACAUCUCUCUGGACUCCACUCUGUCUCACCUGCUGGUGGAGUGGGGUCAGUGGAUAGACCAUGAUGUGGUGCUGACGCCUCAGAGCCCCAGUACAACCGCCUUCAGGACCGGAGCUGACUGCACACACACCUGCAGCCGGGACACGCCCUGCUUCCCAAUAGAGAUCCCGCUGUCAGAUCCCCGUAAUGGCAUCCAGAGUUGUAUGCCUUUCUUCCGCUCUGCUCCCAGCUGUCAUGCAGCAGUCCUCCCUCAUCAGCACCGAGAGCAGCUCAAUGCCAUCACCUCUUUUGUAGAUGCCAGUAUGGUGUACGGCAGCUCCACCGGUCUAGCAUCAGCUCUGAGAAACCGCUCCUCUCCUUUGGGCUCAAUGGCCCUCAACUCCCAGCACUCAGACCAGGAGCUGUCCUACAUGCCCUUCCUGCCUCGCCAGCAGGUACACCUGGACCCCUGCGGCCCUCGAAACUCCACCACCUCAGGGGCAUCGGACAGAUCCACGCACUGGGAAAACACCACAUCCUGCUUUCAAGCUGGUGAUUCAAGAGCCAAUGAGCAUCUGGGAAUGAUUGCACUGCACACGCUCUUCCUGAGAGAACACAACCGGCUGGUCAGUGAGCUGCACCUGCUCAACCCUCACUGGAGCCCUGAUGUUCUCUAUCAGGAGGCCCGCAAGAUCAUGGGAGCCAUUCACCAGAUCCUAACCUGGGAGCAUUACCUGCCACGGGUCCUUGGUGACAUCGCCAUGUCCCUUCUGAUGCCUCCCUAUGAAGGUUAUAAUCCUGAAGUGGAUCCCAGCAUCGCAAACGUCUUUGCAGCCGCUGCAUUUCGAUUUGCCCACGUCACCGUGCAGCCAGUGGUGACCAGGCUGGGGCCAGGAUACACCAUGAACUCCCAGCAUCCCCCACUGCCUCUGCACCAUUCACUGUUUGCUUCUUGGAGGGUUGUAGAGGAAGGUGGUAUAGACCCUGUGCUGCGCGGCCUGUUGCUGUCUCCAGCCAAGCUGCAGACUCCAGGUCAGAUGAUGGUGGAGGAGCUGACAGAGAGGCUGUUUCAGGCACAGGGAGGGAUGCCUCUGGACCUUGGGGCCCUUAACCUCCAGAGGGGACGAGACCACGGCUUACCUGGAUACGGCUCAUGGCGAAGGUUCUGCGGCCUCUCUGUUCCCAACUCUACGACAGAGUUGGCCGAAAUCCUGGGUAACUUCACUUUGGCUCACAAAUUCCAGCUCCUGUACGGGACGCCACACAACAUCGAUGUGUGGGUGGGAGCCAUCUCUGAGCCCGCUCUGGAUGGAGGCCGAGUGGGGCCGCUCCUGGCCUGCCUGCUGGCCAGACAGUUCAGAGCCCUGAGAGAUGGAGACAGGUUUUGGUGGGAGAGGGAGGGAGUGUUCACCAGCACCCAGAGGAGACACCUCCACGCCGUCUCUCUGUCCCGCAUUAUUUGUGAUAACAGCCAUAUCAGCCUCGUCCCUGCUGACGCAUUCUCACGCACUGAGAGUCCCGAGGACAUGCUGGCCUGUUCCCACCCGCUCGUCCCCCACCUCGACCUGAGCCCCUGGAAAGAACCCGACACAGAUCCCAGCUGUGGUCCAGUACCCAGGAUCCAGUCUGGCCACUCUCUGCUCUGUGACUCUGUGAUUCUGUAUCAGUGUCACUCAGGCUUCACGCUGCUGGGAUCUUCAUCUGUCAGCUGUGAUCCAAACAGCCUCCAGUGGAGCCCCACACCUCCAACAUGUCAAGACAUUAAUGAAUGUGAAGAACAGAUUUCUCCUUGUCCACAAAACCUGGAGUGCAUGAACACACCAGGUUCCUUUAUUUGCUCAGAGCCCUCCUCGCUGUCUGCUGUCUCCGUCGUCACUGCAGUGAUAGUAGUGAUCGGUGGUGUGGCCAUGCUGGUGACAAUGAUGAUCUGUUAUCGAAGGUAUUUAAUGAACCAGAUUUUGCCAUGUUAUACCAAUAGUAUAAAUAAAUUGUAUUUCUGGGAACAUCUAUUCAGUGAACCGGCACCUUCCUCUUGAGAUACAGAUGAUAGGACUGUUGACUAGACUGGAAACAAAUUCUGUAAGAUGUGGAUCAGAAAAGCACAUUUAAUGACUAUUAAGUCAUGUAGUCAUGUUAACAAGUAAAAUAAAUAUAAUAGGAACUGUUCAUUUAGCCCUGAAAGAUGAUAAAAGUAUUUCAGUAGAUAUGAAUAACUGUACGUCUUUGUUGCAGAUAUUUCCCCAAGAAAGAAGAGUUGGUCACUGCUCGGUGUUGUCAAGGAAAAAGUUAACUGAACAUUUGUAAGAGUUUGGUCAUUUUUUAUUCUAAUGUUCCUCUAUGUUAAAGUUAACUUGAUGUCCUCAAUAUAUUUGCAACUUAAAAUAAUAAUAUUGAACUGUCUAUUGUAGUAUAAUAUUUUGUCUUAAUUUAUAAUCACACUAAGGCUGAACAAAUCAAUGUUUUACAUAACUAAGUGUCCCUGUCGUUGAGCACUGCAGCAUCUAGAUGGUUUUUACCUUGAUGUUAUAGUUUGUCCUCUGACUACACAUUAUGUCACCCUGAGCUGCUCAUUCAUUAAGGUCUGCUGUAAUCUGUACGACGAGGCCUUGAAAACAGAAUAACAAGCUUACAAGUCUUUUCAAUCCGGAAACUAAAAUCUUAGUGGAAUGACUGCUCCAAGAAAAGAUUUUUAUACCAUAAAGCCCCUCUGAGUGGGAUAUGGUCUCAGCAUUUCCUCAGGAUCCAUGUGCCUGUUUCCUGCUUACAAACCUGUUAGGCAACUAUGGGUGUGUAUCAGAGCGUUUUGUAUCGGGGUAACCAGGCGGUUCCUGGCAGUGACCUUAAUCUAAAACCAAUGACGUGCCCUGAGAGAAACAGGUCU